UCUGCCUCCCUCUUCAACGUAGUCUCCUCAGCUGAAACGGUUGUACGUUAAAGUUCUUGAGGGAAGGAAGUGAAGUGAGAUACCACGGAGGAAAGGGGCCAAGCAUAGGUGUACGGUUUAUCAACAUUUGGAAAAUAUUAAUUCCACAAGCGGAAGGGUGAAAACAAAAAUUAGGUGCAGCACGGAAAACCAAGUCUCUACCGCUUGAGAACGUCAGAAAAUAAAGAAAAUGGCGGAGCCGGACAAAUUAAACAUCGACUCCAUAAUUCAGCGUCUACUAGAAGUUAAAGGCUCCAGGCCAGGGAAAAAUGUCCAACUGACUGAAGGUGAAAUCCGUGGCCUUUGUCUCAAAUCCAGAGAAAUCUUCCUGAGUCAGCCAAUUCUGCUUGAACUGGAGGCUCCACUAAAAAUCUGUGGUGAUGUUCAUGGCCAGUACUAUGAUCUGCUACGACUGUUUGAAUACGGAGGUUUCCCUCCAGAAAGCAACUACUUGUUCCUGGGUGAUUAUGUAGACAGAGGAAAGCAGUCACUGGAGACCAUAUGCCUGCUGCUAGCUUACAAGAUUAAGUACCCAGAGAACUUCUUCCUGCUGCGCGGGAACCAUGAAUGCGCCUCUAUUAAUCGAAUCUAUGGCUUCUAUGAUGAGUGUAAACGACGGUAUAAUAUUAAGCUGUGGAAGACCUUCACAGAUUGCUUUAACUGUUUACCUGUGGCUGCCAUUGUAGAUGAAAAAAUAUUUUGCUGUCAUGGAGGCCUGUCCCCUGAUCUUCAGUCAAUGGAGCAGAUCCGCAGAGUGAUGCGACCCACAGACGUGCCUGACCAGGGUUUGCUGUGUGACCUGCUUUGGGCCGACCCAGACAAAGACGUGCUUGGCUGGGGUGAAAAUGACCGUGGUGUCUCCUUCACAUUUGGGGCAGAUGUAGUGGCCAAAUUUUUGCACAAACAUGAUAUGGACCUAAUAUGCAGGGCCCACCAGGUUGUAGAAGAUGGUUAUGAGUUUUUCGCAAAGAGGCAACUCGUCACCUUAUUCUCAGCUCCUAACUACUGUGGAGAGUUUGACAACGCCGGUGCAAUGAUGAGUGUGGAUGAGACGCUCAUGUGCUCCUUCCAGAUCCUAAAGCCGGCAGAUAAGAAAUUGUAUUACGGUGGAGGGGGAGGAAUGGGAUCUGGGAGACCGGUCACUCCGCCGCGAAAUUCAGCCAAGGCUGCCAAGGCCAAGAAAUAACACCCACUGGGUUUCCCUCCAGCAACCUGCCACCUUCUAUUGGCCUAGUGCACCUUUUUAUUUCCUCUACCUCCCAAACUUGUUUAUCCCACUAUACCGAAAACAAACAAGUGUCCAGGGUUCAAUUAUAAUUUGUCAUGUUGAAAACAAUUUUUAACAGUUUGUUUCGGCUUCCUGUAUGUAAUGUUUAUCUGUGAGAGAGAAUGUGUUUAGAAAGUGCAAAUUAUGUUGAAGGAAGUUCAAUAUUCUGUAAGUCCCUUUUUCUCUUUAAUUUCGUGGGAUCUUCAGUUUUUCUUUUUAUUUUGUAGAGAUUAGUUCUCACCUGUCUAAAGAAAAUUAAAACCUGGGUGCUUGGAGGGGAGGGACAGGGGAGUGAAGGGAGAGUAGGGAGAGAAGAUAAUGGAGACGCCUUGGCUGUUUAUGCUCUGAGGCCCUGCGCUGUUUAAUGUUAAACACAAGCUUUUGUUACAUCAUGUAUCAGAGGUCUGUGUGUGUGUGUCUAUGUGAUGAUGGAUGGUUGGGGAUGAAAUGAGGGCGGGUUCAUGUUGCAGGGACACAGGCAUCGGCGCAUUACAAAACACUGAUGAAUUAAUGGUUGUGAAUCCUCGGAUAUUAAUGGGUUCACAGUGGGACCUUUUCUUUCAAUUCAGAAAAUAUGAAAAAGUCAUGGUCGUGAAAUGUUUUGUUUCUUUUGUAGAUAACUGAAAUCAAAUUUCCAUUUUUUUUGACUUUCCCCACCUUUUUGUUUUUAGUUCACGGAAACUGAAGAUGAAUAAAAAUCACCAUUUAUUUGAAUCAUAACAUAAUGCUCAUCACUUGUUUCAUAAUUCUUUAAAGAGACUAUGUUCUGUUUUUAUACCUGUAAAUAAGCUUUGACUGGAGCACAGAGUAAUUGGACGUGAACAACAACUUUAAGAACACAAUGACUUUUCCUCUUUGACUUUGGGGCAAAACUCCUGGACAUUUGACUUGUGUCUACCAUUUUCACAAAUCUUAAGACUGCAUCCUGACUCACCUGGAAAUUUUCUUUGGUGACAAUGGCACUGUCUCUAUAUUUGAAAACAUUUCUGAUUUUCACUUAAAGUGGUUAUACAAAUUUGACAGAUUUACCUACAGGGAGGGAUGAACCAAAGUAAUUCAACAUUAGUCUGGAAAGUCAGAUGUUCUGUUAUUAAGGGACUUUUUUUGUUCCAUCAAAAUCUCGGUAGUUAAAUAUUUUUAGCAGAAGGCUUAACAGGGAGGAAUACUGGAGCAAAUUAUCACUGGACUUCUGUUAAUCACAGAUCUGAAAGCUCGCACCACAGGGUCACAUCCAUCAUCCCAUGUGCACUCAUUGUCUUUAGCAAGUUAUGUGCUGUUGAUACUCAGAAUGUGUAGUCAGAAUGCCUUCCGAUGAAUUUUGGGUAUUAAAAGAUGAGGGGGUGGUGAUUAAAUGAACACCGACUCUUAAAGGAAAAAUUGUGUCAGAUUUCCACACGAAAUACUAGAGGGAAAGGGGAACGUUUUGUUCAACACAACAUGGCAUUCCAUUUGUCAAGUGCUUUUUUUUUUUUUUGUACCUCAGGUCAUACAAAAUAUAUUGACAAGUGCUUGUCUUAAAAAAGAACCGAAAAACUAAGGCAGCAUUGUGCUUGUUUAACUCUUAUUAACGUCCUGUGGUCCUGGUGCUUGGAUGGAGUAGGACAAGUCAGGGGAAACCCAUUAUUUUUUCUUUUGUCCCAGUGUUGAUUGGUGAUCAGGCUGCAAUCUAAAAAAAAAAAAAAAAAACGACAAAUAAACAAUGACAAAUAUUCUGUUUUUCGGUAUUUAAUAAUGUCAACCUGUGACAUCAAACCAACGACGGUGUUGAAAACUGCAGCACUUCUCCUUUUAGUGAACUUGUCAACAAGUUAAUUUGAUCUGAGAAUUUAUAAAAAAAAAAAAAAAGAACAAUGGACUUAUUUAGGAAAUAAAUUAUUUAGGAAAACAUGUAAGCUAUAACUAGGAAGGGUGAAAACACAUGGUUGUAAUGCACUCAGCCCUUUACAUCUGAAUUAAAGCACAAAUCUUUAA